UUCCGGUUACGUCAGGACUCCAUUAGAACUGCAGCUGAUUUGAGAGAAACAACAACAAAAACGGGCUAACUGACAGCGCUCUCAUAGUGACAGUCCGUUCUUAGCCAGACAACGAGGCCUCAAAUCUGGAAGCUGCACCUUAAUUUCCCACCCGGAGCUCCGCCGGCUUCUAACCACGGCCGCUCUCGGUGAGGAAACUCUGGCCUCCGCUUCCUCCUCCUCCGACUCGGACACCGGCGGAGCGUCGCCGCCCCCGCGGAAGAAGCACCGAGCCUCGGCGGCGGAGGGAGCAGGAGAGCCCGGGGCUUCAGCAGUUAUAACAGGCCUAUCCGGAAUUGUCUUAGGACUUGCUACUCACUCUCCUCACUCUCAAGCCACCUCUGCCAUCCACUUUAACCGAAGUGUUGUCAAUAACCUCAGCAGCAGCAUGCAGGCAAACGGGGCAGGACAGGGACAAGAAUCUUCAGAGCUAUCCUGCCUUAACAGCGCACAAAACGGGGAGUCUUCCUCGGCCGGAGGAAGCCACUCCAACGGGCUCCUCUCCAGCACGGACAACGGCAAUAGUGUCGGUACCAGUAACGGGUCUUCGACCGGGCCCGUUUCGGGGACUUCGGCUUCCUCCACGGCUUCGGCUUCGGCUUCGGGCUCGGAGGUCGGCUCUCUGAAAAAGAAGAAACGACUAUCGCAGGCGGAGGAAGAUGUCAUACGAUUAAUAGGGCAACAUCUCCACGGACUAGGGCUGAAUCAGACAGUGGACCUGCUGAUGCAGGAAUCAGGCUGCAGACUAGAACACUCCUCAGCUACCAGGUUCCGCAACCAUGUCAUGGAGGGAGAGUGGGACAAGGCUGAGAAUGAUCUCAAUGAGCUGAGAGCACUGAUGCAUUCUCCCAAUGCCAUUGUGCGUAUGAAGUUCCUGUUGCUGCAGCAGAAGUACCUAGAAUAUCUGGAGGAUGGCAAAGUCCUGGAGGCUCUGCAGGUGCUCCGGGGAGAGCUGACGCCGCUCAAGUACAACACAGAUCGCAUCCACGUACUCAGCGGGUACCUUAUGUGCAGCCAUGCUGAGGACCUGAAGGCCAAGGCAGAGUGGGAGGGCAAGGGCACCGCGUCACGCUGCAGACUGCUGGACAAGUUACAGACGUACCUGCCACCUUCUGUGAUGCUGCCCCCUCGGCGGAUGCAGACCCUCCUGCGGCAAGCAGUGGAGCUGCAGAGGGACCGCUGCCUCUAUCACAACACCAAGCUGGACAGUAAUCUGGACUCGGUCUCUCUCCUCCUCGAUCAUGUCUGCAGCAGGAAGCAGUUCCCCUGUUACACUCAACAGAUACUGACGGAGCACUGCAACGAGGUGUGGUUCUGCAAAUUCUCAAAUGACGGCACCAAACUAGCCACCGGCUCCAAAGACACUACAGUCAUUAUUUGGCAAGUGGACCCGGAGAGCCACCAGUUGAAGCUGCUGCGGACCCUCGAGGGUCAUGCAUACGGUGUCUCCUAUUUAGCCUGGAGUCCCGAUGACACCUACCUGAUCGCCUGUGGACCCGAUGACUGCUCUGAGCUGUGGCUCUGGAAUGUUCAGACGGGGGAGCUGCGGACCAAAAUGUCCCAGUCCCACGAAGACAGUCUGACCAGUGUGGCAUGGAACCCUGAUGGCAAACGCUUUGUCACCGGAGGACAGAGGGGACAGUUUUAUCAGUGUGACCUGGACGGUAACUUGUUGGAUUCCUGGGAGGGCGUGAGAGUGCAGUGCCUGUGGUGCCUGGGUGAUGGCAGAGCAGUGCUGGCCUCGGACACCCACCAACGUAUCCGGGGGUACAACUUCGAGGACCUUACGGACAGAAACAUAGUUCAGGAGGACCACCCCAUUAUGUCUUUUACUGUUUCAAAGAACGGAAGAUUAGCUUUGUUAAAUGUAGCAACUCAGGGAGUGCACCUGUGGGACCUUCAGGACCGAGUGCUCGUGAGGAAAUACCAAGGUGUGACCCAGGGCUUCUACACCAUCCACUCCUGCUUUGGAGGACACAACGAAGACUUUAUUGCCAGUGGCAGCGAAGACCACAAAGUGUACAUCUGGCACCGGCGUGGCGAACUUCCCAUUGCUGAGCUGACGGGCCACACGCGCACCGUUAACUGUGUGAGCUGGAACCCGGCCAUCCCGGGACUCAUGGCUUCCGCCUCAGAUGACGGCACAGUUCGUGUUUGGGGUCCUGCACCCUUUCUCGACACACAAGAGGCGGACGGACUCAACGAAAACUGCAGUAACAUGGACAGUUGAUGGUCACUCACGGAGCAGAUGACAUCUCUCUUUAACAACAAUCCCAGAAUCCCAGAAUAAAACGAAAUCUAAACGGGCAAAUACAAAUCCAACACCGACCUGAAGCAAGACAAGAAUAACAAAGAAAAAGCCACCAAGACAAAAAGAGAAAACAAAAGUGAGAAAAAAUGUCUCCUGACAGGCCUAGAGAACACGGUGGAGUCGAUGGCGGACACAAAAUUCAGGUCCUCAACCAAAACCUGAUCCCGACCAAGGGGAAAACCAGUCAAUGCCCAGCUGGCUACCACCGCCACCCACUGGUGAGCUGGAACAGCUGUUCUCCUCCUCCAACUGACCCUUCUCCCCACCCAUCUCGCUGCAUGGUCAUCAGCCAUGCCAGGCCCAGGAGAGCCACCUCCACCUCGAGCUUUGGAGCACAUCGAGUCCCAGUGAUGCCUCCAGACAGACAUCGCAGACCAGCCGUCUGCCUGUCUGUCUCUCACAUCACCUGUAUAACGUCUCCAUGGACAUGGGUGGGGUGUUGUUGGGGGAGGAUGGUGCAUAGGGGGGGAUAUAGCAACUCUUCUGUAUGUGUGUUCUCCUCUUCCCCACUGUCUUGCUAUAUUCUUCGCAUUUCAUCAGUUGGACAAAGGCUGAAAAUCCACCGUGAAAACACUGACCGACCAGCUGACAAAGAACACACAAAAAAAAAAAGGCUAUGCUAAAUGUUGGAGUUUUUUUAUAAUAGUCCUAGCGUAAUUCUCAUUUAAGAGGUGAAUCUUAGCUCAAGUAGUGCCCGUGGAAAGCUUUAGCGUGAAGAUUCCACUUUGUGUUUCUCGACAUUAGGAAAACAAACUUUUAAUUCCUUAAUUUAACUUCUAACACGGACAGUCCGCUGUAUUGUCGCCAGCUGAC